UGCCAACUUGCUUCAGUUCAUGAUCUAACACCACAAACAAGCGGAAAACUGCUAGUUCCUUUUGAAACGAGUCAAAAAUCAAGCCAUGAAAUGAACUCUCUCUCAGGCCGAGUACUUUGGAUGCAAAUACUACAAGCAAGUAUUGGUUUCUUCUUUGUUUAUUUGUGGRUGWUUACAGAUAGCUCUUCUGUUGRUGGACAGCUCAUUAAGAGGUCUCAAUGGGGUUGGAGUCUAGAGAAUGCUUCCUACCACCAGAUGGAAGCCAAAGAUUAUCCAACCUGCCUAGUAAACUGCAUUACAGACAAGAGRUGCCGAAGCCUUACUUAYGAUUUGCUUGGGAAGAAAUGUAAGCUGAGUGGUGAAACCCGCUGGUCAAAGCCAUUGCAGUACAUAGGUAAUAUAUCAAACAGCAUCUACAUGGAAAUGAUACUGACGGCCGAUAGAAUGCAGCAGAUUACCCCUGGAAUAGCGGUCACCUCUGAACCACUGACCACACCACAGACUACCUCUGAACCACCGACCACCACUGAACCAUCGACCACCACUGAACCACCGACCACCACUGAAUCCCCGACCACCCCUGAGCCACCGACCACCACUAAACCACCGAACACCACUAAACCACCGACCACCCCUGAGCCACCGACCACCACUAAACCACCGAAAACCACUAAACCACCGACCACCACUGAACCACCGACAACAUUUGAUUCAAGCAAAUAUUGUAUAGGCAAAGCUAGUGGAGAUUAUUUACACCCAACUGACUGUAAGCAGUACAUCACAUGUUCAAAUGGCUAUACAUAUGAAAGACCUUGCAGCGGCUCAAUUAAUCCAGUGUGUCCUGCAGGAUGCUAG